UUUGAUUAUUGUUUAAAUGAUAAAUUCCAAAUAUUGAAACCUCAUAUAAAAGCCACACGUAGGCAACAGGAAGAGUAAUUGGAGCUGCAACCGUUCGCCAAGCACACCAAAAAUGAAAGUAGCAAUCGUUCUUUUGGGUCUUUUCGCCCUCUCGAUGGCCGCUCCAGACCAGAGGAGCAUCGCUUCAACCGUUGAAAAGGCGGCCGAAACCCUCGUCAGUAAGGCUACCGAUGAAAUCGAAAAAUUGGAAAGUGACAUUAAGUCCUUGACAUCAAGCGUUACUACCACAGCCGAAGGCUACGUCGCCAGUGCUCGUGCAGAAAUCGCCAAGGUUGUAAGCACCGUUGAAGAAACCUACAACACUGUAGUAGCAAAGGGAGGUUCUUUCAAGACCUGCGCAGCUGGACAACUCUCUCAACUUACCGACAUCAAAAAUACCGCUGCAAAGACCGUAGGUGGCUGCACUUCAGAUCUUUCCAAAACUAUUUCCUACUUCGAAGAAGAUAUCACCGAUCUUCUUGCUGAAUUGAAAUCCACCAUUUCUGAAGUUGUUGGAUACGUUAAGGAAUGUAUUGCUGAAGUCCUCGAUGCUGUCACUUGCCUCAUCUCCCACAUCAACCCAGCUUAUGAAGUCGUCGAUGGUGUUAUUACCGAUGCCAAGGACGCUCUUAGUACCGCUGAAGCUCGUGCCAAGCAAACCCUUGCCAAUAUUGAAGGAUGUACUCUCCAAACCGCCGCUACUGCCAUUUCCCAACUUGAAAAUUUGGGAAAAGGAUUGAAGGCAUGCCUUUAAAUGUUCUGUGUUAGUAGUUUAAUAUCUUAAUAUAAAUUUGAGUUAAUAAGAUGUCCUUUGAGUAAUAGA